AUGGCUCAGGAUGAGAGAGGGGCAGGGAUGGUCAGCUCCACAAAUGAUCCAGACACAGGUAAAGAUCUGACAGAAGGCCUGGAGGAACACUGUGAGAGCUCCAAAGAGAGAAGUGAGAAGGCACUACUGCUUUCACACCUAGAACAGCAGCAUCACCUUAUAUCUAUGCUGACGAAGAAGGCGGAUGACGCACACAAACGCUGCACAGGCCUGGAGCAGCUCAACAUGGAGCUGGUGAAACUCAGGGCAGAGGAUGCUGUGAAGAUUAAAACCCAGACCCAGCAGAUUCAGCAUUUGGAGGAGCGCUUUAUGGAUCUGGCCAACAACCAUGAAAAAAUGAUCCAGUUCAAGGAUGAACACAGGAAACGGCAUAUGCAGCUGCUGGAGGAGAACAAGUGCCUGCGGCAGGAGAAGGAAGCACUCUUCAGGCAGGCUGUCAGGGAGAAGGAAGCUGAAGUGCUCCAGCUGGCUGCCCAGGCCAGAAAGCUCUCGCAGCAGUUACACUCCUUACAGGAGAAACAUGCUUAUGAGAGUCACAGAGCCCAGGAGAGAGAAAAGGAGCUGCUGGAAGCUCAGAGCCAGCAAGCAGAUGCCUAUGCCUGGGAAGUGGAUUCACUGAAGAAGCAGCUGCAACUCCUACAAGAGAGGCACCAGCAAGCUGCUGCAAGGGCAGAAUGGGCAGAGAGUCAGCAAAGGGCUCAGAGCAGUGAGCUGCAGGCCAAGCUGGAGAGAGCACAUGAGGAAAAAGAGCAGCUACGGAACCUGGCCAUGGAGAGGGGCAAAGCUCUGCAAGUUAAGGACUGGGAGAUUCAGCAGCUGGAGAAGCUGGAGACUGCAGAAGAGUCCAUGCAGGGAGAAGGAAGGUGCCUCAAGAAAGAGGCAGCAGCUUUGGACAAAGAUCGAAAGAUCCAAGAGCUCCAAGGACAGCUAGAAAACACCAAGCAGGCAUACAACGAGCUCUCACUGCGGUUCGAUGCUUACAGAAAGCACAGUAUGGAUUUGCUGACUAAAGAGCGAGCUCUGAAUGCCAAACUCCGUCACUUUGUUGCUUAA